AUUACACCGGCUCCCUUAAAACCCCAUUUAAAGCGCAGCUUCCCUUCAAGAGGGCAACGAUUCCCCGGGCAGAGCGGCCGUCCGCUUCAUUUCCCCCUUUGAAUCGCUGUCAGCCCAGACCAGCAGCAGGAUGGCAGAAGACCUGGACAUCGAGGCCAUGCUGGAGGCUCCGUACAGGAAGGAGGACACCAAGAGCCAGAGUCCCAAUGGACAGGAUGACCGCAGCAAGAGGAAGAAGCGUAGCCGCAGUCGUGACAGAAAAUGCAGCAAGAGUCGAGACAGGAAGAGGAGCCGGAGUCGAGAACAUAGACGCAGCCGCAGCAGAGAGAAGCGAAGAAGUCGGAGCAGAGAGAAACGAAGAAGUCGAAGCAGAGAGAGGGGCGGGCGCUACAGAGACCACCACAAACACCGUCGGAGAUCAAAGAGUAAGAGUCCCUUUAAGAAGGAGAAGAGUCCCAUCAGGAUGCCCAUCGACAACCUGACACCAGAGGAGCGUGAUGCUCGGACCGUUUUCUGUAUGCAGCUGGCCGCCAGGAUACGACCCCGAGAUCUGGAGGACUUCUUCUCUGCUGUGGGGAAGGUUCGAGAUGUGAGGAUGAUCUCCGACAGAAACUCUCGUAGGUCAAAGGGCAUCGCCUACAUCGAGUUUGUGGAGGCUAACUCAGUCCCUCUGGCCAUCGGGCUGACGGGGCAAAGGCUGCUGGGAGUUCCCAUCAUCGUACAGGCCUCACAGGCAGAGAAGAACCGAGCAGCAGCCGCAGCCAACAACCUGCAGAAAGGAUCAUCAGGACCCAUGAGGCUCUAUGUGGGCUCGCUGCACUUUAACAUCACCGAGGAGAUGCUGAGAGGGAUCUUCGAGCCGUUUGGACGGAUUGAGAACAUCCAGCUGAUGAUGGACAGUGAGACCGCACGCUCCAAAGGCUACGGCUUCAUCACAUUCUCAGAUGCAGAGUGUGCUAAAAAAGCUCUGGAGCAGCUGAACGGCUUUGAGCUGGCAGGUCGACCAAUGAAGGUGGGGCACGUGACGGAGCGUACAGACGCCUCCUCGGCUUCCUCUUUCCUCGACAGCGAUGAACUUGAACGCACCGGCAUCGACCUCGGAACCACAGGCCGACUGCAGCUGAUGGCGAGACUUGCUGAAGGUACGGGGCUACAGAUCCCUCCUGCUGCUCAGCAGGCUCUGCAGAUGAGUGGAGCCAUCGCCAUCGGAGCCAUGGCUGCUGUGUCAGCUGCCAUGAACCCGGCUCUCAACAUGAACAUGAACAAUGCUGCUCUGAAUCUUCCCUCCCAGCCACUCGCCACACACUGCUUCCAGCUGUCCAACAUGUUCAACCCCAACAGUGAGGAGGUUCCUGGUUGGGAGGCAGACAUCCAGCAUGACGUCAUCGAGGAGUGCAACAAACAUGGAGGAGUGGUUCACAUCUACGUGGACAAGAACUCCGCCGAGGUACACGCCACGCCCCACCCCGUCCCCCCGCCCCGCCCAGCCCAGCCCAGCCUAGCCCCGCCCUCUGUUUCUGUGUCUGUGGUGGUGUCUGAUGUUUGA